UCUCUAAUGCUUUGAAAAUAUUUGCUAUUGUCUGUCUGUGGUCCCUUCAUUUUAUCUCCAUGAUCAAGACGGGAUUUUAUUAACAUUUUACUUAUAUACGUUGUCGAUAUAAGUCAUAGGUUAACAGUCGGUGAUUUUAAGUAAUUGGAAAGUUGUGCUGUGAGUGAUAUUGAUCGAGUCAUAUUGUGAUAAAAAGAAGUAACACCUUUUAGUGAAUGAUCAUUUUUGCACGUGAACUGCCAGAAUUCCGUUAAUCAGCGACUCAUUGCUGCAACAAACACUUUGAAAAUACGUUUCGGUGGAAAACAAAACCAAACGAAGCAUUAUUUAGACGCAAUAACAAAUAAAUAAUCUGAUCAUGAAUAAUAAACUCUGAGCCUAUCAACAAGCCGUUGACAAUGGGCACCUUCAUUUUGAGAUGAUUCAUAUUUAAAGCACUAUGUUUCCAGUGACCUCUCAAGAACUGCCACUGAACAUUUAUGUCGUCAUCUUUGGCACUGGGAUAUUUGUGUUCAUCUUAAGUCUCAUAUUCUGCUGCUUCUUUAUAAGUAAACUGAGACAUCAGGCUCGAAAUGAGAGAGCUGGUUACACAAUGGUUCUAUUCAAAGAUGAAACACAGUUGCAUGGGCUAACAUGUGCAGUUUGCUUAGAGGAUUUCAGGACAAAAGACGAGCUUGGGGUGUUGCCAUGCCAACAUACAUUCCACAGAAGGUGUCUGGUGAAGUGGCUUGAAGUGAGACGUGCUUGUCCCAUGUGUAACAUUCCCAUCAGUGCCGCUCAGGGUCAAACACAGAGACCUGGAAACCUGCUAGAUGAAUUGCUUUAAGUUCAAUUUGACAAACCACGUGUUUCAGGACACAUACAAUUGUGGUUCUCAUAUGGAGGACAUUAUUUCAAGAUUUUGUACAAGCCAAACAAAUGGCUUUUAUUUGAAAACAGUAUUGUUGUAAAUGAUCAUGUUUGCAGUGUUUUAUAAGUCUGGUUUAAAAUCUGAAUGUUUACAUACCCUUUGAGUCUUUCAAUUUUCUAGUAUUAAAGUGGGUAGGGUCUGAGGCUGCCCGGUCACCAAUUCUCCCUAUUCAUUUGCAUAAUGCAUAGAUUGUUUAGUUGUUACUUGAUCCUAUCAGAUUGGUUUAAUCUGUGUAUGACUUCUACUGAACUCAAAUGAAGAUUAAGAAUAUUUCAGCUCCGUUUGUUCAUUUAAUGCAAGUGAAUGGUGACUAAAAUGAAGGUCCAAAAAGCAUAUGAAGGCAGCAAAAAGUAAUCCAUAUGACUCCAGUGGAUAAAUCCAUGUCUUCAGAAGCAAUACAAGUGUGUGAGAAACAGAUACAUUUAGAAGUCAACCUCUUUCACAUCCUCCUUUUGUUUUUAGCAAGUCACGUUAUGCAUAUCGCCACCUACUGGUGGAGGAGAAUUCAUAGUAAAAAAGGAUUUAAAUGUUUCUUGCAUGGUGGCGAGUAAACAAGUCAUUUACAUUUUGGGUGAACUAUCCCUUUAAUCUACAACUAUACUAUUUGGAAACAGGUUGUUCACUUGAGGGGGCAGAUCUAUUAUUUUUGGCUGUGUUCGAACAGCAUCCCAACAUAUUUCUACAAUAUGUAGCAUGUAAACCAUAUACAGUAUGCACAUGGUCUACAUGCACAGAAUAACCUACUAGGUUUGCCAGUAAGUGCAGUAUGCAACAGAUCACACUAUACAGAGUACUGUAUGAUUUCCAAUGUGAAUGAAAUCGCAAGUAUCAAAGUGGAAGUCUCUUUUUGGCUCCCUUGACCGGACUGUCAAAAUGUAUAGCUUGUUAUAAAAAUACUGAACUCAGGUGCAAUAAGAUGGUCAUGUAGCAAUUACAUUUUUUUUAAAUGUGUGAAAAAUAAAGUAGGUCGUAUAACAAUUAUACAAGCUCAUUUUCGCUUCUGAAAGUAGACCAUUUCUUUUUUAGUACACUAUACUUAAAUGAGGGUAUAGGGCACAACCUGCUGGUCAUUAGAAAGAAUUGCAGCAAAACGCUGCCAUUUUAGAUCCAAA